CUUAGACAAAUCCAUCAUCAUGGAGCGAGCAGAGGAACAUGGCAAUUUGCAGUCCUUAUUCACAUGCAUCCAAAACUUUCCCAAACCCUAUGCCCUUUGUGCCAGCUACAAUCCAUCACUCAAUUCAACAAUUUUUUUUAUCAUUUCACUUAGACAAUUAUAAGCAUCCUUCUCUAGCCUAUAAAAUCCCCAUCUCUUGCAUCAAACUCACACAUCCCAAAAAUCCCUAAGUGUCUUCUUGUUCCAAAACUUAUUAGGGUAUUACCUAGAGAAAAAAAUGAGUUCCAAGAAAACAACAUCAAUUGCCCUUUUUUUAGUGCUGAACCUUGUAUUCUUCACUCUUUCUAGUGCAUGUGGCUCUUGCCCUACUCCCAAACCAAAGCUGCCGCCACCACCACCUAAGCCAACGCCAUGCCCUCCGCCUCCGGCCACCCCGAGCAAGGCCACUUGCCCUAGGGAUACCCUAAAACUAGGUGUAUGUGCUGAUUUGCUUGGUGGGUUGAUUGGUGUCACAAUUGGAACUCCUCCAAAAACUCCAUGCUGCACCCUCAUCGAAGGGCUGGCCGAUCUCGAGGCGGCCGUUUGCCUCUGCACCGCCUUGAAGGCCAACAUUUUGGGCAUCAACCUUAAUGUUCCCAUUUCUCUUAGCUUGCUUCUCAAUGUUUGCUCCAAGAAGGUUCCAUCAGGCUUCCAGUGUGCCUAAAUGAUCAAUUCAUUCGUUGCCAUUUGAUUAUAUGUUUACUUUAAUUUCUUGAGAUUCAAGUUUCUAGAUUGUUAUGCUGAUUAUGAUUUGUAUCUUUAUUCCCCAUUUAUGAAAGUUGCACGCUGCUCACUAGCUAUGUGAUAGUGGCCGGUGAGGGUGAGAGAGCUAUUUUCCUAAUCAUAAUGUCCUUUUUAUUUUGUUGGAAUUAUAUUGAUUUCCUUUUCAA